UGCUCCAAGAAGUCCUAUUGGCUAGGUAAGUACUAGUACUUCCCUUUGUCUGGUACACCGAUACAGGCUGGGGGACCGCUGCAAAACUCCGUUGCUUCCAGUGGUGUAGGUGUUUCCAAUGCUCGCGGCCAAUGCUGCCACUACCUUACCUUCCAGGUUUACUCUGUGCCUGGCUAUUCCUGAUCAUAUGUUGAAACAGGCACCGAAAUCAUCAAUUGGGUUCGUAUUGGGUCAGUCUGUGUUCAAGUUGCUAAUAACUGGCACACGCCUCGUUGGACAUCACGAUACUCUCGUCUAUGUGGCAUCAGCUGUGCCAAGACACGGACGGGACUCGGGAAGGAGCAAGGAUGAAAAUCAUGGACUUGCUGCAAGGACAUUUUGGCGAGGCCCACCGCACGUUUCUGCCCCUCAUCACCCCCCUGGGCUCGUCUGAGAGGACCGUUGAGUAGGAAGCAGAGAUUGAAGGCGAUUUGGGACGAGCGUCAAGUUAAAAUACAUUGAGAAAAUGCCAAAGUUUAUAUCAUUCAAAUACAAUUUCCACCUUGAAUGUGCAUUAGAAC